AGUAUUUUGACAGGAAAAGAUAAACUUUAUCCACGUCGAGCGAAUUUACGAACAUUUUCUAAGAGAUUUUCACUGAAAUUACACAUUUCGGUGUUUUUCAAAUAGUUAAUUAUAAGAAGCUUCUAACAAAAUGCACGCUAGAAUACUGUGCGUGGUUCUCCUGGCCACUUUUGCAGUAGUGUCGGCGAAAAUUGACCCCAGAAACUUGAAAUGUUUGGUUUGUCACAAAACCUUUGAUGAGCUCAAUGCUGCCAUUCAGAAAACUGAAAAAUGGAAGAAAAUUGAUGUGGGUAACUUCAGGAUGGAUGCGUCCGGCAACACAAUGCAGGAGCGCGUGCCGGCCCACCGCUCUGCUGUCUACAUCUCUGAACUUGUUGACGGCAUUUGUAAAAAGAUGGACGACUACGUCCGAGUCUACUUCAAGUCGACGGGCAAGCUGGCUCUCAUGCAGCUGAUGUCGCCCUCCGGCGGCAUGAACCCCGACUUCUCCAAGACCAAGUUUGUCACUGAUGAUGACCUGAACAAGAGUCUGGAGUACUAUUGCGAGCGAAUGUUUGAAGAGAACGAGGAUGAGAUCAUAGCGCUGUACAAGAAUCGCCCCGAUGACGAUAUCAUGCCUGAUUCUGCUCAAGAGAUAUGCUUCAAGCAGACCAACUACUGCGAGGAGUGGAUGCUGCCCGACGAGCAGGACACCACCUGGACCCCGGAGAUGGAGGCGGAAUAUGUCAAGAUCCACGGUCCGGACCCCUACGGUUUCGGAGGCGGCAUGGGAGGGAUGGGAGGCAUGGGAGGUAUGGGAGGAAUGGGAGAUUUCGGGGGGAUGCCGCCAAUGGAAGACGAGGAUGAUGAAUCGGCAGAACAUGAAGAACUGUAAAUAACGUCCAUAAUUUGAAAUUAAUUCUGAAGACACAAAAUAUUAAUUGAAAACUAGCGAAACUCUUACUUCUUUGUUAAAUAUUCGACACUGUGAGUGUUGCCGCAUAUCUUUUUCGAUUUUCGACUGACAACAUUUAUAGUUUGAUAUAGCUAAAAUAAAUUUUGUGCCUUCAGAAUCGACAUCAUUGUAGAAAUGAUCGUUAUAAUAAGUCACAUUCGACGGUGGCGUAUUAUAAUGUAUUGUCUACUGUAUGUAAUGAAACCAUAGUGAGUGCGAAAUAACUCAGUAAAUGGAGUUCCUUUAUCUCCUACCACUUUGGAAGAUAGUAAUAAAUGAUGAGUUGAUGAGAUACAUGCGUGUUUAAAAAGUGAGAUUAGGUUUUUUAAAGGUAAAAUGGGUAGGCAUGCAGAAUGUUCUGUGAGUGUCAAUGGAAAUGGUCUUAUUUGUUAGUUUGUGUCCUACUUUUUGAAACAGUAAAAUAAUUUAAUAUUUACGGUCACAAAC